GACCACGAAAGAGCGGUCGGAUCGGGAUGCUGCAUAAACGCGGCAACUGUGUUGGCAGUAAUUGACAGCUGCCGAAAAGCGGCGGCGGUCGAGGGUCGAGCGGGAGUGCGCGAUCGCGAAGGGCGCGCGAUUUAGGGGGAGAAAUCGGCGCGAUAUCAACGCGAGAAUCUCGAAUCGCCGAGAGCGAUUGCUGCGGAGACAAAAUCGGCUCGAAUCGGACAGGAUCUCAUUCGGCGUCUCGGGUUCGCCGUGCCAUGCCGUGCACGAGAGAGACAGAGAUACCUUUUUAAAGGCCCGGGUGUGUUUACAGUUCCACGCGCAUCUCACGAGAGGAAAAGAAGCUGCUACAGUAGGAAAAAAAGAAAGCUUUUUCGAUCUGUUUAAAAUCUAAUCAUCAUAAGAAGAUUAUAGACAAUGCAAUUCCAAAGAGAACACACCUGCUGCUUUUGAUGGUAGUAAAAAAAACGGUGCAAGUGAGACGAAAAUUUGCUGGAGAACGCGAGACCUGAUUCGCAAGAACUUUGGUAGUUUCUCUUCAGCUUCUCAGAUAUGUGCCCGACGGCCCGAGGACGUGCCCCUUUCUGUCAACGCGUUGAACGACUUUUGUUGCUUAAAAUUUGCAGAUUUCCCGGCAGUGCUAGCUCCCGGGAAUACCAUGAACGUGGAACGGCCGAGCAUGGACGGCGGACAACAGCCGCUCUUUCUAAGCGGCACUUCCGGCUGGGCCGGAAGUAUCUCCGGUCCUCAACAGUCAACCGUGCAGACCGCCGGCGCCCCGUCGGAGCACUACGGGGGACCGCUCAGUCUGAGUAUCUGCAUAUCUGAUUCAGGUCACGAGAUACUUCGUCCGAAGCCACGACGGCCGGGUGGUGGCAAUAGCCGUGAGAUAUUUUGUCCCCCGUACUCUAAGGAUUUUACUGAGAAUUCACCCAAAAACGGAGUCCACGAUAUGGUCCACAUGAUACCGGAAAGAGAUACGGACAGCGUGGCACCGACACCAACCCCGCAACAACACCCACGUCAUUCCCAACAUCAUCAUCUUAGUUUACAUGAACUCCGUGCACUUCAGAGACGGCCAGAAUGCACUGGUAACAGCUCUUCCGAUGAGAACCGAUCUUCUGGACACGCGAGCAUGUCAGACACUGGCGGCCACACGAGUAGUAGCUCGCCACCUCAUCGUCACCACAAGACACAUAGUCCUCAACAACUGAAUGCCGUACCCGAGGACGAUCGACUCUCGGCGUCGGUUACUCAGAGAAACGGCAAAAGAUCUGGCCAGAAUCGUAACCGGCAUAGAGCUACUCCUGCCAAGUUGCAGGUACCAUGGUCGGGCUCCGGUUUGGAAGACAUCAAACUGGCGAUUCAACAGCUGACGAUGCGUUCACACAAAUCUUCGUCCACGUACUCAUCGCUGAGCGGCUCGGAGAGUUCGGAGCCAGCGGUGAGAAGGUUGAUGCGACAUUCAAGUCUGGAGACAAUCAACACCAACGUGACCAGUGCUGAUGAGUUUGUCUGGGUGGAUUCUCACAAUCGUUUGGUAGAGCUGCAACAGCUACCGUGGACUCACCACGACGUGUUACGCGUACUUCAGAACGGUCGUACGAGGGAACACAUGGAACAGGUCUCGAUGGAGACAAUUCCGCGACUUUCCUAUCUAUUGCAACGUGCGCUAGUCAGGAUCGGUCGCGAGACUCAGAGACUGGCAAAGCCCAUAGGUCUUUGCAGCAAGCACGAGGUGUACAGCGCCUUCAAGAUCGUGCUCUGUCCGGCUUUAGCGGAUUCCUGCACCAAGGCCUGCCUUCGAGCCGCCGCUAUGUUCGCUGUGUCUGGCGAUCAGUUGAAACAAUCGAAAGCUUCUCGUUCGGGGUUGCAAUUACCCGUUGGACGUUUCUUACGCUGGAUGUCUGACGUGAGACUCGGUCGGAUGAUCCAUGAAUACGCCGCGAUAUACCUCACGGCCGGAAUCGAGAAUCUCUUGGAGGAGAUAUUAUUGCAAUGUGUGCCGACUGAGCCACAUACGACUCUCACGGCGACGAUGCUGGAGCACGCUAUAGCCAACAGUGGUGACUUAUGGGGACUGUUACAACCAUACGCGCAUUUGAACGCUGGUCGAACGGCAUCAGGUGCUCUCGCGAUGCCUCGCUGGGCAAGCAUAAGUUCCUUGAACUCGUCAUCGUCGUCGCGUAGUGGACGAGACGUAAUCCAGUCGGCUUUGGAACCAUCGUUACUUACGACAUGCGUAGGCUCGAUGUCGGAAUUAAUAGAUCUGAUUUCCAAAGUUGCACAGGCGGGACAUUGCCCUAUACCGCUAACAACGAGAGCGUUACACGCCCUCUUUUAUUACAUGAGAUGUUCACAGCUCGAACAUGGUGAACGUGGAUCUGGAAUACAAGAAUUGGCAUACGAACGAGCCUACGUGGUACUGCCACCGUUGGUGGAAUGGCUACGGGUAGCUGCAGCACACGCAGAGCACAGACACGGUCUCGUUGUGGAUCAGGUGGACAUCAAUCAAGCUGCCCGGUUAUUAUUGCCUGGCGUAGACUGUCCCGUCCGACCGAUAAGUUCUGAGGAGAUCGCAGUAUGCUCGAAGCGCGUCGACGAUGCGGAAUAUGUCCGAUUGUUAACGUUAGACAUGGCCUUCAAGAUGUUAAUCAGCGGUAGAGCGGAUCUCAUAGCUCAGGCGAUGCCGUUGUUACCUUCGACAAAAAUCAAUACAGUGAACGAUGCUGGAUUCACAGCUUUGAUGCUAGCGUGUAUCAACGGUGACGAAUCAGCCGCAACGGCCCUGCUGGACGCCGGGGCGGAUUUAAAUAUCGAAAGCCCAUCGCCGGUAACAAAUUCGUCGUUCAACACGCCUUCCAAGAUACCACAAACUUCUUCUUCUAGUACACCGAAUAUUAGGAGUCCGAUCAAUCAAUCGAUGAUGAUGACGCCGACUGGUAAAACAAUAUCAAAUGCGAAUAUAACAUCCACUAGCAGCUCGGGUAAUUCCAAUGGAAUUGCCUCAAGUGGUGUAUGCUACCCGCAAACCGCCUUCAAUGCGGAAACGCAACAUUGGACCGCUCUGACUUACGCGGCUCUAUUGGGUCACUGCAAUAUCGCAAGGAUAUUGCUGGAGAGAGGUGCCGCGGUGGAGGGCGGUGCGAAGCUCAGUGAGGACAAAUGCACAGUUACACCUCUACAGGCAGCCACAGCAUCAGGAAACAAUGAAAUGGUUGCUCUGCUCUUGGCACACGGUGCGCAACCAUUCUUAUCCACUCUGAUUAAGGAUUCGUUCUCUUACUCGGGUACCGCGCAACGUGGUUGUUACAGCGCAAUAUCGGUGGCAACGGCGCAUGGCCAAAGAAGCUGUCUUCAUCAACUGUUGUCACACCCACUCAACUUCUCAGCCAAGCGUGGAGAGAAGGAGAUAUUAUCUUUGGAAGAGAUAUUAGCGGAAGGUAAUUCCGGUACUAAUUCUCAACAGCAGAUUGCUGAAGGGAAAGGAGCUCGCAGAGAAGGCAAAGAACCAGUAUUUAAUAAGAUACAAACAAAGGCGUUGCAGGAAGCGAUGUAUCAUAGCGCGGAAAGCAAUCAUUUAGAUAUUACCAUGGAACUUCGUGGGCUAAAAGUAGGUUGGACAUUGCAUUGCUGGAUGCACAGUCUCGCGACGGCUCAUGAAAUGCGACUGGAUUCAGUUAUAGAUCAACUACUUCAAGACUUUCUUCAAGUCUGCCCGGACGAUUAUUCUACACAAUUCGUGCAAGAGUGUCUGCCCCUUUUAUUCAAUAUCUUUAGAUAUAGUAAGAAGGAAGACACGACGCUCUUGCUCGCUGAUAUAUUUUGUACAUGCUAUGGCUGGGAGCCGAUCAAACCAAUUAGAGAUACCACUCUAUCGAGCGGAUCGAGAAUCGAUCCGAAAUUUGUGAAUAAUCCCGAGUUAAGUGACGUACAAUUUAGAGUUGAAGGUCGCGUUUUCUACGGUCAUAAGAUUGUAUUGGUUACAUCUUCCCCGAGAUUCAGAAAUAUGUUAAGUUCAAAAUUAUGCGAAGGCAAUCCCCCUAUUGUGCAGAUCAACGAUAUAAGAUAUCACAUAUUCCAGAUGGUUAUGGAGUUUCUUUAUCACGGCGGUUGUGCUACUUUAGAAGUUAAUCAAAGUGACGUCUUAGAAUUAAUGGCGGCCGCCAAUUUCUUUCAACUCGAUGGCUUGCUCAGAUACUGUGAAGCACAGUGUUCCACAAUGGUGGAUCUUGACAAUAUCGUUUCAAUGUAUAUUCACGCAAAGGUGUAUAACGCAGCACAACUCUUGGAAUAUUGUCAAGGAUUUCUAUUACAAAAUAUGAUGGCCCUCCUGACAUACGAUGAUUCAGUCAAGCGUUUGUUGUUCGCGAAAAAGUUACCGAAUCACGAUGUUCUCGCGGGUUUGUUGCUCACACUGCAAUCGCGAAUAAAGGUCAGACGAUCUCAACAACAAAACAAGAUAAAAGCUUAGGUUGUUUCUUCGGUUGAAAAUAACUAAGUAUGUAAUUGGAAAUAAGCAUAAAAUGAAUGCGCAAUUUAAGUUUCUCAAGUUACAAGAGCUAUGUCAAAAUAAAAAGGAUUGUAUAUGAUUUAUCUUUUAAAAGACACUCUCUCUAAGUAUAAUC